UGAAGGAAUCAAAGGAAAAGACCCCAAUCACCAAGUCGAAUACAAAUUGCAUUAGUUGUAACAAUUUAAAAUAUACAUGCGAGAACUUUUGCUGUUUACCUUCGUAGCCAAAGCUGAAGGAGAGCAGGGGACGUCCCCAAGCCUGAUCCCAGCCCCCGGGUGGACUUGUCCACAACACCGCCCUCUUCCUUCAUCUACCGGCCGAGUCCCUCCGUCUGCCAGCCAGUUGGUUGGGAAGCUGAGCUGAGACCGGUCCGGUCGGAGCCGAGAGAGGAGGUAACAAAUUAUACCUAUACCGCUUAGCACGACGCCGUGGUGGUCUGUGGUCGAGGACAACGCCCGAGGGGAAGACAAGCCAUGAGAGUCCGGUUACUGGACCAAGAUUGAGUGUUAUUGGAGCUCCUCUGAGCGGGGUUUCAGAGCGCUUCUCUGCCGGCUCCCGAGUUUGCCAUUACGGACACAAUGGGCUGCUGCAGCGGGCGGUGCACGCUUAUUUUUAUUUGCACCUUACAGCUGGUGUUGGCUCUAGAACGACAGAUUUUUGACUUUCUGGGCUACCAGUGGGCCCCUAUCCUCGCCAACUUCUUUCACAUCAUCAUUGUCAUUCUGGGCCUUUUCGGCACUAUUCAGUACAGACCGCGCUACAUUGUGGUGUACACAGUUUGGACGGCUCUGUGGGUGGCCUGGAAUGUCUUCAUCAUCUGCUUUUACCUGGACGUAGGCGGUCUGUCCAAGGACAGUGACCUGCUGACAUUCAACAUCUCAGCCCAUCACUCAUGGUGGAGCGAACAUGGGCCUGGCUGUGUGAGGAGAGAGAUGCCACAUACUGAAGGGGUCCACACCACUGAGAGCCAUUCCUACAUCACCGUCAUGGGCUGCCUCAUAGACUACCAGUAUAUUGAGGUCAUUCACAGCGGAAUGCAGAUCCUGAUCGCGCUCCUAGGCUUUGUGUACGCCUGCUAUGUGAUCAGCGCCAUCACUGAGGAGGAGGACAGCUUUGAUUUUAUUGGUGGAUUUGACCCAUUGCCACUCUACCAUGUCAAUGAGAAACCAUCCCAUCAUCUUCUAAAGCCAAUGUCUCUGUCUACGUAAAUAGGAGAACAUCCAGGAGGGAAGUGACACACGCUGACGGAUCUCAUGGAGGAAAAAAUGGCUGUUUUAACCAACUGUUAGUUCCAUGGCACUGGGACAUGCCAGACAUUCUUCCCUCUCCCACUUUAUACUCUUUUCAGUACUUCAAACAUGCCACUCACUGGGGGGCUGCAUGGAAAAUACGCCUCAGCUUAAUUGUCUUCCUCUUCAUCAUCCUCAUGUAUGUUUUCAAGUAUUUUUUUUAUUUAUAUUUGUUGCCUUUCCUACCAACACAACUACAUAGAGCAGUUUAUAAAUACCUUUUAGUUUUUAAUUGCCAGCAACUCAACAUUCUAAGUCUGUGUCUUAGCGCCGUCGUCAUUCUGCAUGUCAUCGCUGGUUUGGCUCAGAUUUUGGCCUCGGGGCUGAGUUACAAUGAAGCUUGUGGAAUGAACCAACCAUUGUGCGCACUGCCUGUUUACUUUAGGCAGGGGUCUUUGUGCGUACAUGCACGCAGGCAGGGGCAGGAAAAAGGAACCCAAUCUACAAGGACAUCCAUCAGAAAGAGACAAUGUAAAUAACGCAAUGAGGGCAUGGAGGAAAAAAGUUAUGGCAUGCAAGUUUUCAAAGUUUUUUUUUUCUGGAGUCUUGCGUCUGUGAUAAUUUUUCACAAACAGCCAAGUCGUCAUCACUGAAAUGUCAGGUGUUUGUGUUGGAAGCGGUGCGUGGGAUUGUCAUACAUCCUUGGCAUAUUAUUAACAGUCAAGAAACAAGAAAUGUUGCAUAACAUGAUGUAAGAUUAGCCAUCCCCAAGUGCUGUCUACUGCCGCCUUUUUAUUGUCAAUAGCAAUAGUAGCUGGUGUUUGAAGCGUGUACAUAUCAUACAUAAUUGUAUGUGUAGAACCUAUCAGACUACAACACUCGUCCAUAAUAUGGAUUUGUAUAGCCUGGGGUGCAAUAAGAGGGAGAAAAGUGCUUUUGAUUCUUCGGGCCCAUGACUGACACGGGCCCUAAAAAGUAGUCAAUUAUUAGUCCAUUAGGCACACCCACUUGUCAGUGUAAUAUUUCAACUGAGCAGUCAAAUGUCAUAUUUAUGUCACUGACUUCAAACAUGGACACUCAAUAGAUGUCAUGCCUCCCUGAAAAAAUGCACUUUUUGUUGGUCAUGUGGGAAAAAGUCAUUUUUAAGGGGUGAGAAAUCCACUGUUGCCUUACCACCCUCUGGUGUUUACUGAGUGCAAGUGCAAGAGCAGAAGAUGUCAAGUAUUAUCUUUUUGUGUCGACUCAAAAUCCGAUGCAGUAAGAGAAGAGGUGUCUUUUUAUUCAGCACUUUGCCGUUUAUUAUGUUACAUUUAUUUUUCAUCAUUUUUAUUUUAUUUUUAAAAACAUUUUUAAACUGAAUUUAAAGUGCUUAAUUUGGGAUAAGGAUCAAACAAGGUGUGGAAAAAAAAACUAUUUUAGUUUUUAUUUUGCAGUGGUCUAUUAAGUAUAUGGCUAGUUAUCACAUUCCAGUAACAUUGUUACUGGCAGGUGUUCUGAAAAAUGCCGUUUCACAAUGGAUCUUUUCAAAUACAGUUGUCCCUCGUUUAUCGAGGUUUAUUGAUCGCGGACCUUACAAACAAAUAAGAAUCAUUCAUUAUAAAUUGAAUAUUUGCAUAGCAAGAGCAUAAAAAAACUUGGAUAUGACCGUCUAAAUAUGUUUUUCAACAUUUUGAGAGGUUUCUUGACAUGGAAAAACACUCUUUAAUCAUCUUUACACUUAUCAUCAAAUAUACCGUAGUUAUGCCAAACCAAUCAGUGGCCACGAUACUAAACAGCGCACUGUUUCAGAUUGGUUUCCUCUACUGCAGGGGUCCCCAACCACCGGUGCGUGACACAUUUGCUACGGGGCCGCAGAUAAACAUUAAAUCAUUUAUAAACGAAAACGACUGCAUUUUCUCCAAAGUAACUUUCGCCUGUGCCACUAGACACACCAAUAGUUAUUUAUACAUGUACAAUAAAACCAUGUGUUGCCAUUUGUUAUAUUUGUUAUAACUUUGUGAUACAAUUCACAUUAAUGAACAUAUAAAAUAUAAAUGUGACAGAUUAUCGCCAAAGGCUGAUUUCCAUCUGCAUCUCAUUGAAAGGAAACAAGCCCAGGGCUUCCACUAAUUCAGCGUUAUAGUGAGUUGUAUUUUUCAUGCACUUAUUUCUGCUGUAUUUAUCUGCCACGCGUGGAAAGCCGGUCCGUGAAAAUAAUGCCUACAUUAAACCGGUCCGUGGUGCAAAAAAGGUUGGGGACCAGUGCUCUAGUGGCCAAAACAAGUGUAAUAUGGAUAUUUUAGUUGGGUUUUUUUUUGCCAUUGUGUAUGCUUGAAAAUGCCUAAUUUAGGCAAUUUUAAAGUAGUAGAAUAUGUUUACUAAAAUGUUUGAAGCGUGAUGUGGCGAGGGACGACUGUACAGUGAACUCCAUUGGAAGGGACCGGUCACACCUAUUGUGCACACUUGGCAAACUGGUGUGUGUGUUGUGUCAUACUCAGUAUUAAAUACAGGGUAACACUUUACAAACCCUGUUUCCAUAUGAGUUGGGAAAUUGUGUUAGAUGUAAAUAUAAACGGAAUACAAUGAUUUGCAAAUCAUUUUCAACCCAUAUUCAGUUGAAUACGCUACAAAGACAACAUAUUUGAUGUUCAAACUGAUAAACUUUUUUUUUUAGCAAAUAAUCAUUAACUUUAGAAUUUGAUGCCAGCAACACGUGACAAAGAAGUUGGGAAAGGUGGCAAUAAAUACUGAUACAGUUGAGGAAUGCUCAUCAAACACUUAUUUGGAACAUCCCACAGGUGAACAGGCAAAUUGGGAACAGGUGGGUGCCAUGAUUGGGUAUAAAAGUAGAUUCCAUGAAAUGCUCAGUCAUUCACAAACAAGGAUGGGGCGAGGGUCACCACUUUGUCAACAAAUGCGUGAGCAAAUUGUUGAACAGUUUAAGAAAAACCUUUCUCAACCAGCUAUUGCAAGGAAUUUAGGGAUUUCACCAUCUACGGUCCGUAAUAUUAAAAGUUAAAGUUAAGUUAAAGUACCAGUGAUUGUCACACAAACACUAGGUGUGGUGAAAUGUGUCCUCUGCAUUUGACCCAUCCCCUUGUUCACCCCCUGGGAGGUGAGGGGAGCAGUGGGCAGCAGCGGUGCCGCGCCCGGGAAUCAUCAAAGGGUUCAGAGAAUCUGGAGAAAUCACUGAACGUAAGCAGCUAAGCCCGUGACCUUCGAUCCCUCAGGCUGUACUGCAUCAACAAGUGACAUCAGUGUGUAAAGGAUAUCACCACAUGGGCUCAGGAACACUUCAGAAACCCACUGUCAGUAACUACAGUUGGUCGCUACAUCUGUAAGUGCAAGUUAAAACUCUCCUAUGCAAGGUGAAAACCGUUGAUCAACAACACCCAGAAACGCCGUCGGCUUCGCUGGGCCUGAGCUCAUCUAAGAUGGACUGAUACAAAGUGGAAAAGUGUUCUGUGGUCUGACGAGUCCACAUUUCAAAUUGUUUUUGGAAACUGUGGAUGUCGUGUCCUCCGGACCAAAGAGGAAAAGAACCAUCCGGAUUGUUAUAGGCGCAAAGUUGAAAAGCCAGCAUCUGUGAUGGUAUGGGGGUGUAUUAGUGCCCAAGACAUGGGUAACUUACACAUCUGUGAAGGCGCCAUUAAUGCUGAAAGGUACAUACAGGUUUUGGAGCUACAUAUGUUGCCAUCCAAGCAACGUUACCAUGGACGCCCCUGCUUAUUUCAGCAAGACAAUGCCAACGUGGCUUCAUAGUAAAAGAGUGCAGGUACUAGACUGGCCUGCCUGUAGUCCAGACCUGUCUCCCAUUGAAAAUGUGUGCCGCAUUAUGAAGCCUAAAAUACCACAACGGAGACCCCCGGACUGUUGAACAACUUAAGCUGUACAUCAAGCAAGAAUGGGAAAGAAUUCCACCUGAGAAGCUUAAAAAAUGUGUCUCCUCAGUUCCCAAACGUUUACUGAGUGUUGUUAAAAGGAAAGGCCAUGUAAAACAGUGGUGAACAUGCCCUUUCCCAACUACUUUGGCACGUGUUGCAGCCAUGAAAUUCUAAGUUAAUUAUUAUUUGCAAAGAAAAAAUAAAGUUAAUGAGUUUGAACAUCAAAUAUCUUGUCUUUGCAUUCUAUUGAAUAUGGGUUGAAAAGGAUUUGCAAAUCAUUGUAUUCCGUUUAUAUUUACAUCCAACACAAUUUCUCAACUCAUAUGGAAACGGGGUUUGUAGUAUGGGGAACCUAUUCAUCAUUAAUUAGUUGCUUAUUAAAGUAACACAGACUUAAUUUAGAGUUAUUUGGACUCUAGGGGAUCAUAUAGAGUUUAGGGUUACGGUUAGGGUUACUAAUAAGCAAUAAUUCUGAGGUUAUUGAGGGAAGGCUCUUAGUUAAUGGCUUACUGGUUAUAUAAUAAAGCCAUGCGGAAUAAGGCAUUAAUAAGUACUUAAUAAUGACUAAUUAAGAGCCAAUAUGUUAUUAAUUUGCAUGUUAAUAAGCAACUAAUUAGUGGUGAAUAUGUGUUCCCCAUACUAAAGUGUUACCAAAUACAGUACAUGGUUUUACAUCUUGUUAUAAUGUAGCGUCCCAAAUUGUGACAAAUUGCUGUAGUUUAAAACUGUCCUGUGUGCUGGUGGCCACUGAAAACCAUGGCACAUGUAUGUAGAUAUUUCUCUCUCUUUGUAUAAAAAGUGUUUUCUAUUUUCACCUCCAUUUUGUGCCCAGUGUUCCUUAUACCUAAUGUGAUCUGACUGUAUUCCUUCUCCGGAGCUGUGCUUAAUAAACCAUAGUUCUCUUUCAGUGCUCUCCUGUCUUUUAGUAGAAAUCGGUGUAAAAAUAAAAAAUCUGCAUUAACAAUCACCGUGCAAACCGUUGAAAUGUUUAGUGUUGAUAAUAUUCAAUAAGCAACCUGCAAAGGAAAACCUCAAGAGGAAAAGUCAAAGUCUCUCGUGCCGCACUCUCAGGACAUGAAGGCACGGACGCUGCCUCUGAUGACAGCCCUGCAGAUGGGACAGUGGCGCAGGCUGGCAGCACAGUCGCCACACACCACCAGGUGACCACAGGGGAUGAAGACGAUGGACACCAGCUUGUCCAUGCACACUUUGCACGUCCUCUCCUCCUGCAGCUGCCUCAGGAGCUCCUCUGGGCUGGGCUCCCUCCCAGUCGGAGCUGUAUGCGAGACGUUAGCACAGUUUUCACAGUAAGUUUGUUUAGAUUUCAGGUCUCAACACUGACAGGUUGAACAUCAGCAGCUUCAACCUCUGACCUUUGUCUCUCAGGGGGGUUAGGGUCCUCACAAUUCCAGCACCAGGGCCUUGUCCGUCAUCGUGCUCUGAUAAACAUCACACAUAUGGCAAGAUUUUAUGACAUCAAACAUACUAAAUGUAGCUCUUAGUAGAAUUAGGGGCAAGAUCAUAUUGUGUUGUUUACACAAAAACCAUUACAUCAAGUAUCCUUUUAA